GGUGUUUAGAGCUCUAUAUAACAUUGUACACAGGAGGAGGAGGAGGAGGCCAUAGAGCAGGGCUGGGGGCCGCAGGUUGGACAGCCCUGAUAGAGAGCAUCUACAAACAGGGUGAGAGAAGCUGCUGCUGGUUUAUAAUGUAUAAUAAUGUAUAAUAAUGUAUAAUAAUGUGUUAUAUUGGUGGGGUUAAAGCAGGGCUGGUGUAGAAGAUGUUCAUUGCAUUAUUAGCCCCCUUAGGAGAACCAGAUGGCUGUAAUAAUGGGAAUAAUGGAACAUCUGCUAUUAUUUUAAUUCACAGGCUUUACCAGCAAAACAAGUAAGUAGGUAAAAACCCCGAACCUGCAAUGCGAGAGAGAGAAUAUAUAUAUAUACUAUACAGAUGCAGGCAUUGUAUGAUUAUAUCACAUUGUACAGCACUACGGAAUCUGAUGGCGCUAUAUAAAUAAUAAAAUAGUAAUAUCCUGGAGGGGGACUCACAGCCUUCACCUCCGCCUGGUCCUCUCUCUCCCUCGACCCCCAGUCUGUCAGAGUGUUGGGGGGGGGGGGUUACCACAGCAGCACUCCAAUACUGCACAAUCAUGUAAUGAAAGACAAGCCUGUACGUAGUAGAGGCUCAAGCUGGAGACAAUAAAGUACCACUGGGGAAUUUAGUGUCCACCCCGUUCCUAGUCACAGGAUAGACGCACGGAGGGAAAACCAAAAUUAAAUAAUAAUAAAAUAAACUGCCCCGCUUUGACCCCGCCACAGAACACAGCCCCUAUCCUGUGCCACUAUAUAUACACACACACUGCAUCCCUUGUGCGCACACACACACUGUAUCCACUAUGUGCUCACACUGUAUCCACUACCCAAACACAACUGCAUCCCCAUGAGAGGCAGGCAAAGACCAUGAACUGUGUAAGGGGUCCCAAAACUUCAGAUGGCAGUCCUGUUGUAAAUACUUUCUUAAUAGAAGCCUGAGGAUUACAUCAUCUAAGGCAUCAUGGGAUGCCUCUGUUGGCCAUAAUGUAGACAUGCCACAGAGGUAAAUAAGAUUUGUACUUAUCUUCACUACGUCAUUCACACCAAUAAUGUGAAGAAAGAAGGUGCUAUCGAUUGUUGGGAAGCGACAGUUCUGCUCUAAAGGAACGUAAUGAGCAUCAUAGCAGCUUGAUAUUAAUGCAUGUCCUGGGCGCGCUCUUAUGUUACGGGUUAAACUGUUUAUAAAUAGUGAUGUCGCGAACCGUUCGCGAACUUGCCGUGAACCUUUCGUGGCGAACUCCGGUCAGCUGACACAUCCCUGCCAAUCUCCGGCAGACCCUCCCUCCCAGACCCUCCCACCUCCUGGACAGCAUCCAUGUUGAAGCUGCCUUCAACAUGGAUGCUGUCUAGGAAGUAGGAGGGUCUGCCGGAGAUUGGCAGGGAUGUGUCAGCUGACCGGAGUUCGUGGCGAACAGUUCGCGGCAAGUUCGCGAACGGUUCGCGACAUCACUAUUUAUAAACAGUUUAAGCCUACAGUGCUUCCAAGGCACCCAUCCAGCUGUUUCAAUGUGAAUACCGUUCUCUUGGAGCCAGUGAUAGUCUGAGAGCAUUUCUCGGGGAGACAGUGAUUUCCUGAGAGCCUUAUUCUAGGAGCCACUGAUAGGGUAAGAGUGUCAGAUGAUGUUCUCAGCCUAUCACUGACUCCCAUUGAGAAAAAAAUGAAUGUUCUCAUUAACUAAACCCUGCACACACAAAUACAUUUAAGAACACACAUACUGUACUUAAAUAAAGUUUAUAUUUUUCUAAAAGCAGGAAUCAAUAUUGUGCUAUGGCAUAAUGGACAAGGUCAGAAAUCAGACUGAGAAGAUCCUGGAGCUCACCCUGGACAUCAUCUACCUCCUAACUGGAGAGGUGAGGAGGAUUCUGGGAAAGUUACGUUGACAUCACUAUUACUUUGGCCACUACCAUAUUACACUUCCACUUAUUAACAUGAAAUAUAGUAUCAUAACACUAACAUGGUCUGUUUAAAAGCAAACAAAUUUUAGUUAGUACAGGUGGUCCUCACUUUGCGACCUACCUACUUUAUGACAGCUCAUACUUACGAACAGCUCUCUAGCUUGGGGUUUCAAGGGAUUCCCAUGUUAGAGAGCUAGUCUAUGUUCAAGGAAUUUUCCCCGAACAUAGAUUUUAGAGAUUCCCUCUGUGAAGAAAUCACUUUUUUAUGUUCACUAUUUCUUUCCUAUUCAUUCGGUAGAUGUAACUACCGAACAGAGACCACCCUCCUGGCUCGUUAAACUUCAAAGAAUGCCUCAAUUGAACCCUCUACCUGUGCGGCCGGCGCUCGUAAUACCGAACGUCACGUGGCUGAGAAAAUGGCGGCCAUCUUUUUUCAUGCGAACAAAGGCAGCGGGACUUGGUCGUCGAGUGUCUGGAACUAAAAUCGGACACUUGACUUCCUGAACACCGGUCUCAACAAGCGAACGCUGGAUCUUUAUUUCCCGAACAGCUAGAAGAGCGCUGUUCGGUACUUUUUGUGCAUUCGAAUGAGGGGAACAAUCGCUGCCAAUAGCCAGGGGAAACUGUUCGUGGGAUUAUUCGGUUUUUGCUACUUAACAAAAUAGACUGGCAAAACUACUCACACUCAUGGAACUGCUUUGGGCAGCCACCUCGCGGUUAGCUGCUCACAAAAGACUUCCAUAUUUUUUGAGAACCUCUGAACCGAUCCGGGUGAAAUUUGAAUAUGUUGGUCACCCAGAUCGGGGCUAUGUGGGGAUACCAUAUGCCUAAAGGGGUGUUCUGAAUAUUGGGGAAAAUUUAAAUUUUUCUGCCUGGAGAUAAUAAAGUUAGUACUUUAUCAGACUUGAUUAUCUCCAGGACUAGGGGAAGGAAUUGUAUGUUUGUGCUGGGAGUGUUUUACGUUUUUCCUGUAAAUGAUUGGUUGUACUGUGUCCCUCCCUGUGGGAUAUCCCCUUGCAUGGGGACUUUCAUAAAAGCUAGGGGGUGGUCAUUAAAAGCCAGUUCUGUUGUACCCUUCUUUUUGAGUUCGGCUGAUGUUUGGGGAUUCGUAUGCUUUAUUAAGGGAAUCAUCUUGUAAAGCUAUUGUGUUCGUAUGGAUUUUGUUUAUUUCAACUACCGAACGGAGAGCUAUAAUCACUGAUGCUCUGGCGGUUCAGGAGGAAACUACCGAAUGAGGAUUGGAUAUCCUAGGUUUCCUUACACCUUCCGCUAGUGAACUGGUCUAUGUUUGGGGGAAUUCCCCCGAACACAGACCUGCUCUCUAGCUCAUGCUCGCUAGCAUAUCCUUACUAACUGACCAAUUCCUUUUUCAUUUCUAGUCCGGGCUCUCUGCAUGUGACUUACACAACCUUCCUAAACAUUUCCUACAAAGCGUCCUCUAAUGAUUAUACUUCCUUUACUGCAAAUUAUAAGUAAUUAAGAAUUUCAUAUCUCCUUCUCAGUUAAUGGCUUGCUAGACCACGAAGAAGCCUUCUGUAUGUUCUUAAAAUUAUAUUUACAGAGCAGGAAAAAAAAAAACUUUUAAAGUAAGUUACAUCUUAAUGAAAGUGAAACCAUUUUUUUCAUGCAAGCUGUGUCUGUCACAGCCAGGGGAGCUAUGGCUGUGGCUGCAUAAACAGAAACAAAAGUGAUUUAACUUAUAAAUUGCAGUGAAUUGAACAGUGGAACUUCAGAGACAUAAGCUAUACACUAUAACUGCUUCAUUAAGCUAAAGUUGUUUCGGUGACUAUAGUGUCCUUUUAAGUAAGAAUACGAAUCCGUUUAUUAAUACACAAUAAUAUUUUUUUUUUAUAUAUCUUGGUAUUAUACUUGUAUAUGUGUAGAGAAAAUACAAAACACUUUGUGAUAUUAUAUGUCCAUUUACUACAAAAAGUUAUAGUAAAUAAAAGACUAUAACAAAUUAUAGCAGUAACAGUAUAAUACAAUACUGAAAUUAACAAACUAAAACACGUAACUUACAAACUUCCCCAGCUCUUGGCUGGAGCUAAGAAGAACAUUUUAUGCUGUAUUUAAGACAUAAAUAAUUCAUGAAAAUCACUUCACACAUAAAGCUGAAGUGUCUAUAGUGUCUACAACAGUGGGACCUAGUUAGACUUAUCUCAUUUUGUACAUAAGUAUUAUAUGCUUUAUAGUGGCAUUUAGAAAUAGCCCAAGUUAAUCUUCUUCUUUUUAAUAUCCCUUAAAUUACAGGAUUACAGGGUUAGGAAGAAUCCUGAGGCAUGUGUCACACACAGCAGCAGUCCUCAUGUGUCAGAAAGUCCCUGCAGGACCCAGAUCCCUGGCAUGGUGUCUUUGCAUCACUCACCAAUACAUGAGAAAAGCAAUGAGAAGAUCCUGGAACUGACCAAUCAGAUCAUCCACCUGCUGACUGGAGAGGUGAGGCUGCUGGGAAUGGGGCAUUAUACAGUAAAACCAAGGGAUGUGUCUGGAUGGUGACUGUCUCAUUGUGUGUGUCAGGUUCCUAUAAGGUGUGAGGAUGUCACUGUCUAUUUCUCCAUGGAGGAGUGGGAGUAUUUAGAAAAACACAGGGCUCUCUACAAAGAAGUGAUUGUGGAAAAUCAACAGCCCCUCAUCUCAUUGGGUAAGCAGAGGUUAAAUUACUUUCAUAUUUGUGCUUAAAGCCUGUAUCGUGCACACAUCCUUGACUGCUCUCUCUUUCUCUCUGAUAGAAAACUGAGCCACACUCUUAUGUAGUCAGUAUAUAAAGUGACAACACACACAUUAUGGUUGCUGUAUGUUUAUAGAGUAGUUACACUCAUUCUGAUUGAUGAAUGUAACUGUUUCUGAGGGGUAAACAACUUAUUCCAUAAAAACCUGCUGGGCAGGAGUUUCUGGGGUAAGAUCAGGCCCAGAAAGAUCUGCCAUAAAGCUAUGUAUCUAUUUUUUAGGAACGGUCUUGCUCGCUUUAGUCGUCCUAUUACAAAUAUGAAAUCUGAAAAUUUUAAAGCUUCCUUCACUGUCUUUAUUAUUAUUAUUGGUUAUAUGGUGCUUUACAAUAUAAAACAUCAAAGAAAUGACUAACACAUUAACUUAAAGGGAAAUUAUAGUCACCAAAACAACUUUAGCUUAAUUAAGCUGUUUUGCUGUAUAGAUCAUGCCCUUGCAGUAUCACAGCUCAAUCCUCUGGCAUUUAGGAGUUAAAUUAUAUUGUUUAUGCAGCCCUGGUCACACCUCCCUGCAUGUGAUUUGCACAGCAUUCCUAAACACUUCAUGUAAAGUGGGAUCUAAUGGUUUACACUUCUUUUUGUGCACAGUCUGUUUAAUUUAGAAUGCAUCAUCUUCUGCAUUGUUAAUAGUUGCUGGACUUUGCAGGAGCCUCCUAAGUAUGUUGAAAGCUUAUUACACAAAACAGGAGUUAAAAACAUAUAAAUCCAGUUAACAUCUGAUUGAAAAAUGAAACCAUUUUUUUCAGGAGGUGUGGCUAGGGUUGCAUGGAAAGAAACAAAAAGUGAAUUAACUCUUAAAUGGCAGAGAAUUAAGCAGUGAGACUGUAGGGGGAGGAUCUGUACACCAAAACUGCUUCAUUAACCUAAAGAUGUUUUGGUGACUAUAGUGUCCUUCUAAUGAGAAAUAAAAGGUGAAGAUGGCUCUGGUAAAAAAAAAUUACAAAAAAAUGCUACAUUUGCAAACUCUGUAGAAUGAAAUUGUGCAUGUUUGUGUAAUUUUGUUCUCCUGUUUCUUCAUCAGACCUUGUAAUGAAAAAUAAAAUUGCCCAUGAUUAUUGGGAGGAGAAAUACCCAACAAUAAAGAAACCAAGGGAGAGACAGGGUCCACCCGUUAGAAAGGAAUCCGCCAUUCGUGAUGAAGUAAGAUUCAUAGAUACUGACAUUUCUACAGCAACUAAACCCACUCAGGCAGAAUGUACACCUACUCAUUUUCAUGAAGGAGCUGCUUCUUCCGGAGUAGAAGACCUCACAGACCAUGGCAUUUAUUCAUCAACUGAGCAUAUGAAGGUAUUAUAUACAUCUGCUAAUAUUAAGGAAGAAGAAGCAUUUCUAGACAAGGACAUUUAUUCACAGACAGGCUAUACAUGUAAUCUAAUUAAGAACAAAUCAGCCUUGUAUGUAGAAGGAAAUUUCACUGACACUGACAUGUAUACACGGACAGAACAUACACAGACAGAAUAUACAUCCACUUGGAUUAAGGAUGAUUUAACCUUAUGUGAAGAAGAAAAUCUCACUGAACAUGACAUUUUUGAACCUACGGAACGUACAUCAACUGAAUAUAGACCUAUUUGUAUUAAGGAAGAGCAUGGUUUGAGGAAAGAAGGAAAUCUUAUGGACACUGACAUUUGUACACCCGCAAAGCACAAAGAUACACAAGAUGUGUGCUAUAAUGAAGAAUAUCUGGUGGUUAGAGUCGGUGAAAAAGACCAGAUCAGCGAGUGCAGCAACCAUCACCAAAGCGUGCACUCCACAGAUAAGAUAUUCAACUGCUCUGAUUGUGAAGAGUGUUUUUCUAGUACCUCGGAUCUUGUCAAACACCGAUUGCUUCACAAAAGGAAGAAACUAACUUGUGCAGAAUGUGGGAAACAAUUCCCUUGUAAAUCAAAACUUGUCAUUCAUUGUAUGACACAUACAGGCGAGAAACCAUUCUCUUGUUCUGUGUGUGGGAAAUGUUUUACAUCUAAAUCAAAUCUCAUGAUACAUCAGAGAGUUCACACAGGAGAGAAGCCAUAUUCAUGUUCUGAAUGUGGAAAAUGCUUUAGUCAAAGCUCCAGGCUUUAUACACACAUGAGGCUUCACACAGGAGAGAAACCAUAUUCAUGUUCUGAAUGUGGAAAAUGUUUUCGAAACCGUUCAAGUCUGUUUUCUCAUAGCAGUACUCAUGUAGGGGAUAAACCAUUUUCAUGUAUAGAGUGUGGAAAAUGUUUUGGUUUAAAAUCAAGUCUUGUAAAACAUUUAAGGAAUCACACAGGAGAAAAACCAUUUCCAUGUGAAGUGUGUGGGAGAUGUUUUACUUCUUUAUCACAUCUAAAGACCCAUCAUAUGGUUCAUACAGGCGAAAAACCAUUUUCGUGCAAUGAAUGUGGCAAAUGUUAUCGUGUAAAGUCAAGUCUUAUUAAACAUCUAAGGAUUCACACAGGAGACAAACCAUAUUCAUGCACUGAAUGUGGGAAAUGUUUCAUUACUCUGUCAGAUUUGAAGAUGCAUCAGAGUAGUCACACAGGGGAGAGGCCGUUUUCAGAGUGUGGAAAAUCAUUUAGUCAAAGCUACCUACUUUUAAACCAUCAGCAGAUUCAGUCUAAGGAAAAACUAUUUUCAUGUUCUGUAUGUGGGAAAUGCUUUUCUAGUAGCUCAAGUCUUUUGGAACAUGAAAGAACUCAUUCAGAAGCAAAUCAGUUUGUCUGUACUGGAUGUGGGAAAUCAUUUUCUUUAAAAUCAAGCCUUGUUAAACACCAGAGGAUUCACUCUGGAGACAAACCCUUUUCAUGUAUUGAAUGUGGGAAAUCUUUUCAUUUUAAAGCAAAUCUAGUUAUACAUCACAGAAUUCACACAGGAGAGAAGCCAUUCUCAUGCUUUGAAUGUGGGAAAUGUUUUACUGUUAAAUCAAGUCUUCUUAAACAUCAGUUAAAGCAUAACAAUUGUCAGUCAGCUGGCUUUGUGUAAUAAAGCUUUAUAUAAAUCUAAUUUUGCAUUCUCUUUAGUACUGUUCCAUAAAGUGCACAAAAACUCUUGAUACCUAAUGUUUGUUCAUCAUUGACCAUAUUUAUGACUUUCAAAUGCAUUUCUAGAAAGUUUUGAAAUAAAAUAGAGAUCAGUUCAGAUUCUACAAGCAAAUUUUAUUUUUGUAAAUGUAAG